GACAAUUUGUAACUGUCGUGUAUAUCACAUUUCAUUUACCGACACAUAUUUCGUGUUGGCGCGGGUUAUCUCGACUUUGAGACAUCUUGGAUUUUUUCCCAUAUUGCAUUGCGGGUCCUUUCUACUUCCUCUUUCCGCCAUAUUGCAGAACCGGCAUCAUGGUGCGCAUGAAUGUUCUCGCAGAUGCACUGAAAAGCAUCAACAAUGCUGAGAAGCGUGGGAAACGCCAGGUCCUCAUCAGGCCCUGCUCCAAGGUUAUUGUGCGCUUCCUAACCGUCAUGAUGAAGCACGGUUACAUUGGUGAGUUUGAGAUUAUUGAUGACCACAGAGCUGGAAAAAUCGUCGUCAAUCUCACAGGCAGGCUGAACAAGUGUGGCGUGAUCAGUCCACGUUUUGAUCUCCAGCUCAAGGACUUGGAGAAGUGGCAGAACAACCUGCUGCCCUCAAGACAGUUCGGAUACAUUGUGCUGACCACCUCAGCUGGAAUCAUGGACCACGAAGAGGCCAGACGGAAACACACAGGAGGCAAAAUCCUUGGAUUCUUUUUCUAA